GAAUGAAAACCCGAGGAGGAAAAAAAGAAAUAACCCAUUCGGCACCUCGUGUUGGCCGCACAUAUAAGCAGCGGCUGGGGACGCCCGGAAGGCUGUGUUACCGGGAAGCCGAGGCAGAGUGAGGAGUGCAAGGCAGGACCAGACGCUUUGUUCGCAGGUGCAGGAAAGGAGCGGUGGCGAGGCAGGAGUCAUUUGACGAUCAGCGAGAGUGUGAGGACCCGAGCACAAUAGAGGCGGGAUGAGGGUGCAGGUGGCGUGGGCGGCGGUGGUGGUGGUGCUGCAGGUGCUGGGCUGCUGCUGGGCCUUCGGAAGCUAUCCAGGAACCUUCUACCAGAUGAUGCUGCGGCUAAACAAGGAGAGGAAGUACGCGAGGACGGCGCCAUCCCCCAGCAGACUGUGGGCAAUCUUCAAUCCGGCGGCCACACUCGGGUCUCUCAGCGACGUUCCCUUCGACUCCAAUCGCGUGGUGCGGAGGGACCUGGAGCCUCGUCAGGUACAGCAACCCUCUACCCAAAGACCCACACCGCCUGCCCUGGAGUCCCGACCGCUGAAUGGAGCCUUGGGACAGCCAGGCGGAGAAUCCCAACCCACGACAGAGGUGCCGGAACAUAACAGAGGAGAAUUGUCGUCUGAGAGUGGAGCAUCGGGACCUACAGAACCUUCAAAGGGAGUGUCAACAUCUACAAGUGGUGGAUUACCUACAGAAUCAGAACCUGCAAGUGGAAGGCCAAAUGUAGGAUUGGAAACUACAAGUGCACGAUCAGUAACAGGGACAUCAGAAGAUACAAACGGAGGGUCAGAUGCCAUAACUGGAGAGUCGGAAACUACAAGUGAAAGAUCUAACCCUACAGAACCUACGGAAGUGUUGGAGACUAUAAGCGAAGAAGAAUCAGAGUCUGCAGGUGGAGGAUCAAAUGGAGGACUCACUAACGAGACAGAAUCCGUUACAAGAAGCGCAGAUACCACAACUGGAGAAUCGGAACCUGUGACUGAAGAAUCGUACACCACAAGUGAAGGACUGGAACCUAUAAACAAUGCAGGUGCGGGAUCCUGGGAUGAAGGGGCGAAGGUGGCUUGUGGGGAGGAGAUCGUGAUGCCCUCUCCCCCAGCCUCCCUCUCGCCCACUCAAGGCUUCACACUCAAGCAGAACCUUUCCACUCCUGGCUGGGAUGAAAGACACUAUCCUGAGAACGUGGAGUGUAUCUGGAGCCUCAAGGUGGGACCGGAGUGCGAGGUGGGGUUGCUGCUGUAUCAGGUGCUGCAGGGAGAGGUGCUGGAGUCCCCGAGGUGUACAGGCGACUACCUCGAGUUCGUGCAGCCAAACAGUCACGCCACGAGGUACUGCGGGCCCUUGGUGAACAACAGGGACAAGGUCUCGGGGAUCGAUUCCUGGCACUCGUCCCAGGAGAGAACCACCGUCAUCCGCUUCAGGUCUGAGAUACAAAGGUCGCUGCAGGACCGCUCCAUAUCCGGCACUCCGCGAGGCUUCCUGAUGGAGGUGACCUAUUACUGCUGGCUUUACAACAAGGAGGCAGCUGCGUCAACUCGGGAAAACGAGGAGCACCAGCAGCAGCAACAGCAACAACAACAAGAGCAUGACGGAGGAAGGACAGAAGGAAGCGCGGAGGAAACCUUGGAAAAUAAUGUCAAGGAAACAGAGGAAAGCGAGCACAUUAAUUCUCAGGACGAGUCUCUGAUCUAGAAAAUUGGAAUCUAUUUCGAUAUUACAUUCAUUCAGGCUGUGUGUGUGUGUGUGUGUGUGUGUGUGUGUGUGUGUGUGUGUGUGUGUGUGUGUGUGUGUGUGUGUUGUGUACUGUAACAUUAGCUGGGCAUUAGUAUUACCAUUUAGUAUUUUUAGUAUACACUUUUUGUAUCAUUUCAUAAGUUUAUUUCACCAUUGUUAUUGUUUCUCGUCGUUGUUAUACGCAUUACUUUCCACGAUCCUCGACUGAAGAGAGGUUAGCUUAAUCUUGAUCUUGAACCUGACCUGUCCAGUUCAAGGCUGUACUUACGUGAUGAAACUUGAAUUCUCUCCUGCUGCUGCCAUCUUGAAAUCGGGUUAAAACUCGCAACAACAACAAAAAAUCUAAUGACGUUUAUUUCAUAUAUAUAUGUUUUACACCACAACAAUAAAAUAAAUACAUCUAUAACCAAUCUCAGAAGAAUAUAUAAUACUUUUUUUUCACAUAUUCCAAUACUUGAGAAAUAGACAAUAUAUAUAUAUUUUUUUCUAUAUAGAUGAUAAUGAUCAAAUCUGACGUGUGUGUGUGUUUACCUUAUGUUUGUGAAGGAAUAACAUCGCAGUCUUCAGGGACUGUUAUAAUACACACUACCAUCACGGUUUUCGCUUAUUAGACAUGCAUCAGUAAGUAUUGUGCUUCCGUCAUUACCUCUCCUCUUAUCUCUCUCUCUCUCUCUCUC